AUGCACCAGGGCCUCGCUCGACAACUUUCAUUUGCUAUCACUGGUACCCAGAUAGAUGCGAUUUAUCACACUUCACUAGUAUUCGGGGGAGUGGAAUACUUCUUCGGUAGAGGGAUUCAACAAGCGGCUCCUGGAACAACCCAUCAUGGGGAGCCCAUUGAGCGGAUCUACAUGGGCACCUCUCAGCUUCCGAUUGAAGUGAUAGUUGAGUACAUGGAAUCUUUGGCGGCAGUUUACACGGAAGACUCCUACGAUCUUUUCCUCCGCAACUGUAAUAAUUUUACGCAUGAUCUCGCCACAUUUCUAGUUGGAAAGGGUAUCCCUGACCAUAUCAGAAAUCUCCCUGAGACCUUUCUUAGCACACCCUUUGGCCAAAUGAUGAGACCAUAUAUUGAUGGUAUGCUUCGCGGAGCAACUCGAGGCCCAGAGAGACCUCACCCUGUUGCCGCAAUCCAACCUCCCACCGUUGGAGCAAAUGGGGCUACAAGGCCGAUUUCUGGGUAUCCCAAGCCUUCGCACCCUGUCCAGGAAGGAUAUGUUCGUAACGUGACAACCAGUCGAGAAGUAGAGGAGCUCCUAGCCUCUGCAAACUCCUCGUGCGCAGUGAUAUUUUUCACAUCUGCAACAUGUCCGCCGUGCAAAGUAAUGUAUCCAGUGUACGACGAACUUGCCGAAGAAGCCGGUAAUAAAGCUAUUCUUAUCAAGGUGGAUAUAUCUCGCGCUUUCGAUGUCUCCGCAAAAUACGGUAUCAGGGCGACGCCAACUUUCAUGACAUUUCUAAAAGGGAAGAAGGAAAACGAAUGGAGUGGAGCAAACGAAGGCGAACUACGUGGAAAUGUCCGACUUCUUAUUGACAUGGCUUGGCCGCCUCAUCCGCACAGACGACUAAGGCUACCGACUUUAGAACGCCCCGUUGACUCCUACGUGCUUUACAAGAAGACUCCCCCACUAGAUAAGUUGACCCAAAAACUCGGCUCAGCAGGUGACGAACCCUCCCUUCAGGACUUGGUCAAGUUCAUCAAGUCAAGAGAUAGCGGUGGACCAGCAGUUCCUGCGCUCCCAAACCUCUCAUUGCUCCAAGACUUCAUCAAAUCGAAAUUCCUUUCCCUCCCGCAAGGCGUUCAUUUUGCGGUAAUCGAUUUAGUUCGCGCUGCAUUUUCUGACCCCCGCGUCAGUGGUUUCUUCGCAGAGGAAGACGCGCACCACUCUUUGUUGACUUUGCUUGGAGGAACCAGCGAUCUGUCCAAAUACCCUUACAGCCAACAACUCGUGAUGACGCAGCUGGCUUGCAACCUCUUCACAUCGCCACUAUAUCUAGAUCAAAUAGUAUUCCACAGCAUCCUUCGCGAGACAUGCAUAAAAAUUGCCACGUUCUCCCUCCUUGCCCAACACGUCAGUCUUCGCGCAGCUGGCGCAUCCUUUAUGUAUAAUCUUGCGGCGUUUAACCACAACGAGAGACUGGGCAAUGCGCCAGAUCGGCUGUCGGAUGCAGACCAGGUGGAACUGGUCGCGUCGGUUCUUGAAGCUAUCAGGAUGGAGACUGAGAGUGUUGAGAGUCUCCAUGGCCAUCUAUUAUCGCUGGGCCUAUUUGUACAUCUUGCUCCUAUUGAUGGGGAAGUCCUGGACUUGUGUAGAGUGAUGGAAGCUCAGGGGAUUGUCAAAGAGAAAGAGAAAGUGAGUGCUCUUGCGGAAGAGCCCCUUAUUAAAGAAAUAGGAGAACUUCUUGGGAAUGGGUUGAUCACACGUUAA